AUGAGGAACAAUUGCAGUUGGCCGUUCAGGCAGUUCUUUUCAAAGCAUUUUGACGGGCAGUUUGUGAAAUUAAUGCCAACUGUGUUUGAGGGCAGCCCAGAUCCGCUUAUUACAUAUAGUUUCAUGGAUAGGGUAGAGAAGCAUAUUAAUGCCAUGAAUUUGGCAACGGACAAGUUGAAGAUCACAUUAGCGACUUACAAUUUUAUUGGUGAUGCUGAGAUAUGGUGGAAGACCAUUUCACACACGCACGAUUUGGAUACUAUGUUAUAUGAUACUUUUAAGAAAUUAUACUAUGAAAAGUACUUUCCUGCGCCUAAGCGGAGGGAACUAAAGAAAGAGUUGGAUGAGUUGAAGCAAGGAAUCAUGACAGUUACAGAGUAUGAAAACAAGUUUACAUUGCUUUUGAGGCCAAUUGUAGCUGCCUCAGAAUCGACAGAAUAUGCAAAAGAAGUGCGAAAGACCUUAGUGGUUGAGGCUGAGAUCAAAGACAGCAAGGCUAUCCGGGAGUCUUAUAAGCACAACAGGGGUAUGAGUGCUUUCUCCAAGGGACAAUCAAGUAAGAAACAGAAACAUGAGCAGUCAGGUUUAAGGGGACAGCAAUGCGGGCAGCAGGGACAUUACAAGUCCCAAUGCACUCAGGCUCAGAUAGCUCAAGUAAUUUGUUUCAAGUGUGGGCAAUCAGGGCAUUACAAGUCCCAGUGUACUCAGAUUCAGGUGGCAUCUGGUGGAUGUUACGGGUAUGGCCAGCAGGGCCAUAGGGUGAAAGAUUGUCCACAGCGAGGCAGUGGUUUGGGUAGAGGUGGAGGUUCACAGUAG